GGCUCACUCCACUUAGUAUAUAAGUAUUAUAUUCCAUCUUCAUUAUUCAACAAUCGUGCACAACUGUUCCUUUUGUACACUCCUUUUUCCAAAGCAGAAUGGAAGCCAUUGCUGGGAUCAUUUUACAAAACUUGAACACGUUAGCUCAAGAGGAGUUUGGAAUCAUUUGGAAUCUCAAAGAUGAUGUAGAACAAAUGAAGAGCACUGUGUCCGCGAUAAAAGCUGUACUCCUGGAUGCAGAGGCAAAGGCCAACAACCUUCAAAUUAGUAAUUGGAUGGAGGAGCUGAAAGAUGUACUUUAUGAUGCAGAUGACUUGCUAGAUGAUCUCUCUACUGAAGCUUUGAAAAGAAAACUGAUGCGUGGCAACAAAAUCUUGAGAGAUGUACAGAUUUUCUUUUCCCACUCAAACCAAAUUGUCUAUGGAUCUAAAUUGGGUCAUGAAAUUAAAGCAAUCCAGAAGAGGCUAGAUGUUAUUGCUAAAAACAAGAUUACAUUGCAAUUGACUGACCGCCCUAUGGAAACUCCAAUUUCAUACAGGGAGCAAAGACAAACUUACUCUUUUGUGAGUAAAGAUGAAGUCAUUGGGAGAGAGGAUGAAAAUGAACUUCUUAAAAGUUAUUUACUAGACACCAAUGUUACAGACAAUGUUUCUGUAGUUCCCAUAGUUGGGAUUGGAGGACUAGGUAAGACUACGCUUGCUCAACUUGUUUACAACGAUCAUGCUGUCCAACGCCGUUUUCAACAAAAAAUGUGGGUGUGUGUCUCAGAUGAAUUUGACAUAAAGAAAAUAGCUCAAAAGAUGAUGGGGAAUGACAAGAAUAGCGAGAUUGAGCAAGUACAACAACAUCUCAGAAGCAUGAUUCAAGGGAAGAAGUAUCUACUUGUGCUGGACGACGUGUGGAAUGAGGAUCGUGAAUUGUGGCUAAAAUUGAAGAGCUUGAUCAUGGAAGGAGGUAAAGGGAGUAUGAUAAUUGUGACAACACGUAGUAGGACCGUGGCAAAUAUAAUGGGCACACAUCCACCUCUUUUCUUAAAAGGUCUAGAUUUAGAGAGAUCUUGGAAGCUAUUCUCUCAAGUUGCUUUUGAUGGGGGCAAAGAACCAAAUGACAGAGAGUUGUUAGCCAUAGGAAGGGAUAUUGUUAAAAAAUGUGCUGGGGUUCCCCUAGCCAUAAGAGUUAUUGGCAGCCUCUUGUAUUCUCGGAACUUGGGCCGGAGUGAUUGGCUAUAUUUUAAGGAAGUUGAGUUUUCAAAGAUAGAUCAAGAGAAGGACAAAAUCUUUGCAAUCCUGAAACUGAGUUAUGACCACCUUCCUUCAUUUUUGAAAAACUGUUUUGCUUAUUGUUCAUUGUUUCCAAAAGGUUUUGAGUUUGACAAGAAAACGCUCAUUCAAUUAUGGGUAGCUGAGGGGUUCAUUCAACCAUCAAAUGACAUUAGAUAUGAAGAAAAUGUUGGUCAUGAGUACUUCAUGAAUUUGCUUUCAAUGUCACUUUUCCAAGAUGUGACUAUAGAUGAUUAUGGUGAUAUAAGUACCUGUAAAAUGCAUGACCUGAUACAUGAUCUGGCACAGAUAGUGGUUGGGAAAGAGUAUGCCACUGUUGAAGGAAUAAAAGAAAACAUUGGAAACAGAACACGUUAUUUGUCAUCUCGAACCACGUUACAUUUUGCAGACACAUCAUCAUCUUCCUGCACUUUAAGGACUCUUCUUGUGCUUGGACAGAAACGUUUUGAAAGCAACAAUUUUGAUCGGUCACAUUUUCGUUUUCUUUUAAGCAUAAAGUGCUUACGGGUGUUAACACUUUGUGGGUUGGAUAUUAUAACAAUUCCAAAGAGUAUUAAAGUGUUGAAGCAUUUGAGAUAUCUUGAUCUUUCAAGGAAUCAUUUUCUGGUAAAUCUUCCACCGGAGCUUACUAGCCUAUAUAACUUGCAAACUCUAAAACUUUCUCAAUGUUUUAAACUCAAAAAAUUACCAUCAGAUAUGAACGAAAGUCUCAGGCAUCUUGAAUUGAAUGAUUGUGGGGAAUUGACAUGUAUGCCAAGUGGGUUGGGACAGUUGACCAAUCUUCAAACACUGACACAUUUUUUGUUGGACUGUGGAGGCAGAAGGGGUAAUAUAAGUGAAUUGCGUGGGCUAAACAGCCUCACAGGAAAAUUGGAAAUUAGAUGGUUGGAUUCCCUGCGAGAGCAUGCUGCAGUGGUUGAGUCAUCAAAGGUACUUGUUGAGAAGCAACAUCUUCAAGAAUUGGAAUUACGAUGGUGGAAUGAUGGAAAAGAGAUUAGCGAAUGGCCAUCAUGGUGGGGGGGUGGUAUUGCAGAACCACAUUUGCAAGAAAAAGAAAACAAGAGGUGGUUGGAAGAUGAGAAGAUUUUAGAAGGGCUGCAGCCACAUGACUCAAUUAAAAAAAUAGUAAUAGAUGGAUAUUGUGGCAAAACGUUACCAGACUGGAUAGGGAAUCUCUGGUCACUCAAGAGUCUUGAAAUCAGAAACUGUAUUGAUUUGAUAUCACUACCUGAAGGAAUUCGCAACCUAUCUUUACAGCGACUUUACAUAUAUAAUUGCUCACCAGUGCUAGAAACAAGGUGUGCAACAAUAAAUGGUGAAGACUGGCCAAAAAUAGCUCACAUUCCAGCUGUUUUGGUUUGGAAAGGGGGGAGUCCCUUAUCAACAAAGCGUGGAUCACCAGAGAGACCAAUGACCCCAUAGAAGAGUGGGGAGCAUCAAAGGCAAAGAAAACACAGAGCAGGAGCUGGAGGUUGAUGCAGAUUCUAUUGCUGACAUGUUCCUGGAUAAGAAGUCACUUCCAUCUCUACACUAAGUUUGCUUUUACAGUUUCUCUUAUAUGUUGCUAUUUUGUCUCAUUUUGAUGUACCUUGAGAUACAUAGUGUGAGCUUCCUUCAUGUUAGAUUUAAGGUCAAAAAUUAAGUUUGAGGUUGUAAUAUCUCUAUGAAGUACUUGGAAGCAAACAUUAGUUUAAAGUUUGGAGUGAGAGUUGAACCAAUAUUAGCCUACUUAUAUCAUUAUUAAUAUAUUUUUUUUUACA